AUCUCAACAUUGUGACUAGCUGUUGAACAAUGGCUGUAAGUUGGUGUUUGUUUCAGAUUUUGGCAGUUUGUGCAUUCUGUCAUGCUGUUCCAAAGUGGAGUAAUCUGCUCCAGAACCCUCAAGCUCUGAUGAUUCAGCAAACUGACCAGCGGUUUCAGCAGCCAGUUCAACAACAAACUAACCAGCGGGAUCCUCCGCAGUUUCAGCUUCAGAAGCCAGUGGUGCAGACAGAGCUCCUUGAUAAAUGUGCUGUAGCUGAUUAUGAGCAGAUCCAAUGUGGACAACCUGGGAUCAGUGCUGCUGAGUGUGAAGCUAUCAACUGCUGCUUUAAGAGACAGCAGUGUUACUAUGGGAGGGCAGUGACUGUCCAGUGUAUUAGAGAUGGUCAGUUUGUGGUAGUGGUGUCUAGAGACGUCACUCUGCCUCGACUGAGUCUGGAUUCGGUUCGUCUACUGGGUGGAAAUCACCCGCCUUGCGCUCCUGUGGAGUCCACACCUUACUUUGCUAUAUACCAGUUCCCUGUGACCGCAUGUGGCACAAGCAUGAUGGAGGACCGUGGAUAUGUGGUGUAUGAAAACAGAAUGACCUCCUCGUAUGAAGUGGGGAUUGGACCGUUUGGUUCCAUCACAAGGGACAGUCAUUUUGAGUUUCUCUUCCAGUGUAGGUACUCUGGAACUUCUGUGGAAGCUCUGGUUGUGGAGGUCAACUCUGUUCCUCCACCUCCACCAGUAGCUGCUCCUGGACCUCUCAGGGUUGAGCUCAGACUGGCCAAUGGCCAAUGUGUCACCAAAGGCUGUGCAGAAGGGGAUGAGGCCUACACGUCCUACUACAGUGAUGCUGAUUAUCCCGUCACAAAAGUCCUGCGAGAGCCAGUGUAUGUUGAGGUGCGCAUUAUGGGGAGGACUGACCCCAACAUUGUCCUGAUGCUGGGACGCUGCUGGGCGACAUCAACCCCCAGUCCACUCAGUCUCCCCCAGUGGGACCUUCUGAUCGAUGGAUGCCCUUACCAGGAUGACCAUUACCUGACCACACUGGUUCCAGUGACUGGAUCAUCUGGUCUUCAUUUCCCAACCCACUACAAGCGCUUUGUUGUGAAGAUGUUCACAUUUGUAGAUCCAGCCUCACUGGCUCCUCUGCAGGAAACUAUCUUCAUCCACUGCAGUACAGAGGUGUGCCAUCCGUCUUCUGGCUCUUGUGAGCAAAGCUGCACCAGGAAACGGAGAGCCACUCGUAUCAAGGAUGUCUCUAGUGAGCAGACUGUGGUUUCUAGUGGAGCGGUUACUCUGGUCAUGUAAAUCUUGUGUUUUUAAUAAACUGUGGAAAGA